GCUUCCCGUACCGAAGUAUCCGUACUCUACUCAAUACUAGUAAGGUAAACUCCGUCGGCUAUUGAGGUAAUGGCUAGUCUCCUUGUCAUUGAGUUGAACUUUCCUUUGCGCGUCACGACUCACGAAAGAGCAAGACGGUCCCUUCUACCUACCGCCUGCAAACUCACCUGCCUGCCUUGUCUCUUUGACGUUCCCCCCAACCCCUGGCCCUCCUCCUCCUAUGAUUCUCCCUCUUGCAGCUAGCAGAUUGCAGCUUGCCCUUCCAUCAUCUCUUCUCUCGUAGCACAGGGCGCACAAGGUCCACCCCGGCAGCGCAAAGCUUCGAUACGUACCUUGCGAGAGAAACAUUCUUCUCCUUCGCCUGGAUGCGCCGACGGCUAGCUGCCGUUUCUACACUACAUCCCCUUCCACUCCUCUUCCCCCCCUGGUCGCACGAAAUACAUGAUGGCACAAAGCAUCCGAUGUUGUGGCCUCCUCUUGACUCUCGUUCCUUUCUUUGAUUAAUCUGGAGCUAGCGCAGCCGGGGUGUGGUCAUUCACCCUGCCGUUGGCAUUCCGCAUACAUACCGGCCUGUAGGGUGCCAAGCUACCGUGACAUUGGGGGCUGUCGUUGGUCCCAUCCUCAUCACAUCUCUCUCGAGUCUCUCUCGUGUGAGUGUGUGAGUGUGUGUGUGGGCCAUAAAGAGUCUCAACCCAAUACCUUCUUGCCGUUUGCAGAUCUCCAUUAGCUUUCCAAUUCCAACCUACGCUCGCUACCUCCCCAGUUGGAUCAUCACUUGGUCUGGGCAUCCCCACGGUCUCUUAUUCUUUUAAGAAGCUCUCCCAACCCCUCUUACCCUUCACUUGAUCCCCAACUUCACAAGCUCGCCCUUGAUCAUCGCUUGCCGCAUUCCAAACAGUCUUAUCCCGUUCCUCAGCAACCUAGGAUAUUACAACAACAUCGUCACCGCCAAAAUGAAGUCCUUCUCCAUCGUCUCCAUCAUCGCCGCCGCGGCCGUUGGCCGUGUCGCUUCCCAGUCCACUGGCGAACUUGGUGAUGCCACCAUCGUCUCCAACCCGGCCGGUGUUGUUUACGAGGCUGUCCUUCCCGAGAAGCCCUUCUACAAGGCCGGCUCGCUGGAGGGCAACGUCCAGGGCUCCAUCGUCGCCGUGACUGCCCCCGAUGGCAAGGGUGUCGAAUUCAAGGUCCGAUUCUCGAACCUUCCCAAGGAGGGCGGUCCUUUCACCUACCACCUCCACGUUGACCCCGUCCCCGAGGAUGGCAACUGCACCAAGACGCUCGCCCAUCUCGAUCCCUUCAUCCGCGGCGAGGCCACCAAAUGCGAUAGCUCCAAGCCCGAGACGUGCCAGGUCGGUGACCUGAGCGGAAAGCACGGCGCCGUCGCCGUCGACUACGAAAAGACCUACGUUGACCCUUACCUCUCCAUCGUCGAGGGCCCCGGCUCCUUCUUCGGUAACCGCAGCUUCGUCUUCCACUUCGCCAACAAGACCCGCAUCAGCUGCGCCAACUUCAAGCUCAUCACCAAGCCCGACUCGCACGACAACUGCUCCACCACCACCGCGGCGACCAUGAGCGGAACCGGCGCCGCCCCUACCGCCACCUCCUCGCCGACGAGCUCCAUCGUGCCUUUCCCCGGUGCCGCCUCUACAAGCGGCGCUUCCAUCUCGCUCAUGAUUGCCGGUUUCGCCGCUGUCUUGUUCGUGCUAUGAGCAUGAGCAGGCUUGGCGUGACUUGACGUCUGAACACCGUUUGCGGAAAUUCGACGAGUCAUCAUCACUACCUACAAUCAACCUUAAAUCACAAAGCGGCGUUUUUUUGAGUUUCACUACAAUCGAGAGAGCACGUCGAGACCGUUCCUGCAGGUCCAUAGAAGAGGGGAGGGAAAUUGGUAUUUCACGCACUAAUCGACAGAGGGCCGGAGUCCAGUAAGCCGGACAAAGGUCCAUACUGUUUUUUCAACAACACUUGUACAUACUUCAAUUUGAAUGGGGCGGGCAUUAGAUGAUACCAGGGGGG